AAUACAGUUUCCCAGCAGCUAGGAACAUCAUGGAUUUAGUUCCAUUAUACGUCAACAACGCACAUGGAGAGGAAAAUUAUCACCUCCGAAUUAUACAUCAAGUCGCGUGUCUGGUGAAAAGGAUGCAUGAAAAACGUUGGCUAUUGGUCGAUAUAACUGGAAAGAGCAUUUAUAUCCAAGAGGAAAACGGUUUAAAGGCAUGUCAAAUACGAAUAGGACGGAUGUUGAGACUACCAUCUGGAGAAGAUAGCAUAAAGUGUGCCAGAAAGCUAGAGGAUAUUAUGUACUGGCUUCCAAAGGAGGUAAUUGGACACGGUGAAAUUUCCACAGGAAGUGACGUUUAUACAAUGGCCAUGCUGUUUUACGAGUUUUACAUGGCAGUCUCUGGAAAUGAUCAACUACAAUGUGUUCCUUUUUCCUACAAACACAGAUCUCAAAUAUUAAGUCAUUUAAAUGACGGUCAUUCUCCCUAUCGACCACCUGCCUGUCCUGAAUGGUUGUACAAGGAAGUGAUGAAGCCAUGCUGGGACCAGGACAGAACUAGUCGACCGUCAGCUGCAGAUAUUGAGAGCAUCAUAGCUAGAAAGAUUUCAGAAAUCUAUGAAAGAAAGAAAGACACAGAGGACGAUACGUAUGACAGUUUUGAAAGCAUGUCCCAGAAAUUAGCUUAUCAAGACGCGAUCUCGGAAAAUCUAAUGGAGAAGGACAGAGGAGCUAUUGAGAGUGAAAGUGACGAAGAUUACGUUUGUGUACAGAGGCAUCAACCUACAGAUUUAUGUAGUGGUGCACCUUCAUCAGAGAACAACGGAAACAACUCUUAUAAUGAUGAAAAAAUUAAAGAAGAAUUAAUUGUAGAUACAAAUGCAUCAAAUGAAACACAGCUAAAGAGAAUAUAUCGGAAACUCCAAGAAAUGGAUCAUUUUGAGCGUGCACAUACACGCGAUGGUCAAUCUUCUGGGAAAUUAGAAGACAUUCCAAAUUAUGAACUGUUUUCUCAAUCAGGAGAGUCUUAUGCUGGAACCGAAGAAAAAUGCCCUUAUAGUGCAACUCCAAAUUACGAAAAUGGAACCAUCCUUUCAUCGAAAAUGAAGAUGAUGAGACCACAACCAUUCCGAAGUAAUAUGACACCUAAUAAUGAUUUACCAGUUCCCCACGUAUACAAAGAAAACCCACUAUUCCAAACUGAUUCCUCUAUCCAUCCAUGUGCAAAUGACUUUGGUGAAGUAGACUGUGGGUCAGAAAUUUCAACUGCAGCAAGCACCUGUACUCAAGAGGAGUUAUCAGAUGAUUCGGACUAUGAAAACGAUGUUGAAAACAACAUGUAUGCGAAUCAAUGAUACAAAGCUGAUGAGCAUUUAUUUCCAAAUCUCUUAUUGUCCAUAAACAUUUGAGAGCUUCUACGUGAGAAGUGCUUACUCAUACAUUGUUUUGCUCCCAUUUAUAGACCAGUUUUGGAACUUUUUUGCUUAAUAUUAUUUUGUUAAAUUUUUCUUGACCCUCAAACUAGA